UUGGUUGUCGUCUGUCAAAUCGGAAGUUAUGCCCUGAUGUUUCUCAAUUUUUAUAACUUGGUCCUAUCUGUUAUGUUAGCGUUCGGCUUAAUUGCACGUUCUUUUACAGCUUAGUAAUUUCCUAUUAGAUGAAAUAUUGUUAUUGAUAAGGUAUCGUACUUUUAUUUUGAUGAAUAAGGACCCAUGCAAACCACACGCUUGUCGUAUUCAAAAAUGCUUACAUGAAAAUAACUUUCAAGAAGAUAAAUGCAGACAGUAUAUUGAGUAUUUACGGGAGUGCUGUGUGAAGUGGGGUUCAGUUUCUACAUCCUGUUCAGGAAUAAAAAUUGACAAGAUAAAUUCAAAUGACGAGCAAAAAUAAAGAGGGUUGGAGAGAAUUGCCACAGAAUAAUCAUAUUCGUAAAGAAAAUAUAGAAACAGCAGAAGAUAAAUUAAAGUUUUACAAUAGAGAGUAUCAACCAAGGGGCGUUCGCACAAAGGAUUUGUCUUUUGUACAGAGAAAUAGUAAACUUGUGCAUGGAGUCCUGGUAUCAUCAGCACUGCUUUUUUUUUUUAGUAAGG